AUGUGUGGAAUCUGCUGUGCGGUGAGUGCAUCCUCCUCGUGUUCACCCUUGGAGACGCGCGUGUAUGAAAACUUGAGAAAGAGAGGGCCCUGCUACAGUCAGGACAUCAGAAAAACUAUGAUUACAAAUAAAGGCCUAUGUUACCACUGCCUGUUUUCUGCCCAUGUUCUACACUUGAGAGGUCCCAUGACUCCUCAGCCAGCAGAAGAUGACAGUGGGAAUGUGUUCCUCUGGAACGGGGAGGUAUUCGGCGGUCUACCUGUGGGGCGGGAGGAAAACGACACCCAGGUUCUGGCCCAGUACCUUUCCCGUAGCGAGCAACCUGAAGAGGUCCUAUCAGUCCUGUCCAGCAUUCAAGGGCCCUGGGCUUUCAUUUAUUACCAGGCAGCCCAGCAUUGCCUCUGGUUUGGCAGAGACUUCUUCGGCCGGCGGAGCCUGCUCUGGCAGUGCAGUGCUGAGGAGAGGUUGGUGGUCCUGUCGUCUGUAGCAGCCGCAGUUCCCUGUGUUGGUGACCCACAGUGGCAGGAAGUUCCAGCAGUUGGGGUUUACCGGAUGAAUUUAAGAGCAUUGGCUGAUCACGGCACGCUGACUUUAGAGGUGUACCCGUGGAUUUAUGCAGGCAAUGUUCCUCCACCCACCGGUCACAAGUUCAAGUGGGAGGGUUUGUCCAGUUGGGCAUCUGUAACAAUGAAUGACUCUGGACUUUUUCUUUGUGCUCCAGUUUCUUCUUUGAACAGAAUGGUCACUGAGAUUCUUCCUCUUACACGGCAUACUUCUAACCCUCACCCCUCUGCUGAAGACUUGAAUUCAUUGUUGGAGUGUGGGGAAAAGAGGAAAACUGUUAGCCAGCUCAUUGAAGUGUUGAGUGAGGCAGUGCGGAGGCGUGUGCAGUGUCUUCCUGGUGAAAUGACAGUGCCACGACCAUCCCAUGAGAGAGUGGAUAUUGCCAUACUUUUUUCUGGUGGGAUCGACUCCGUGGUUCUUGCUGCAUUAGCUGACCGCCACAUCCCGGAUGGGAAAGCUAUCGAUCUUCUAAACGUGGCCUUCAAACUACAGGAACCAAAGAAGCAGGAGACAUCUAAAAAACAUAAGGGCAACAAGUUAAAACCCAUUGACACCUCUGCUGGUCCUACAGAACUUGUGGUAUCCGAUGCCUUUGGAGUACCUGACCGACUUACUGGCAGGGCCAGUCUGAAGGAACUGCAAGCACUAAACCCAGACCGAAGGUGGAACUUUGUUGAAAUCAACGUCACCCGCGACGAGCUCCAGGAAAUGAGAUUGAAAAACAUUAGUCAUCUUGUUUAUCCCCUGGAGACUGUGCUCGAUGACAGCAUUGGCUGUGCUGUGUGGUUUGCCGCCAGGGGAGUCGGCGCAGUGAUGGAGGGCACAGAACAGAAAGCGUACACUUCCGCUGCAAAGGUGGUAUUGACGGGCAUAGGGGCCGAUGAGCAGCUGGCUGGGUACUCCCGACACCGCGUCCGCUACAACACUGCCGGCCUGGACGGCCUGGUCGAAGAGCUGGCCAUGGAGCUGGAGAGAAUCUCCACCCGGAACCUCGGCAGGGACGACCGGAUCAUCGGGGACCACGGGAAAGAAGCCAGGUUCCCCUUCUUGGAUGAGAACGUGGUUAGUUUCUUGAAUGGCCUGCCAGUGUGGGAGAAGGCGGAUCUUUCUCUGCCUCGGGGUCUGGGGGAGAAGCUUCUACUGAGGCUGGCAGCCCGAGAGCUGGGCCUGGGUCCCUCAGCCACUUUGCCCAAAAGAGCCAUGCAGUUUGGUUCCCGAAUCGCCAAGCUGGAGAAUGGCCGCGAAAGGGCCUCUGACAAAUGUGACAGACUCCACACAGCUUAAAUCGACAUGCAUUUUAAUAAUCUCUACACAGUGUAAAGUCUUUAAUAAAUGUUACUGAAUCCA